AUGGCAGAACUAAACCAAGUUGAGGUAUGGAAACGAACCAAAACAAUUGGUAUUAUCGGACUGGGCGAUAUGGGCCAGAUGUAUGCCGAAAAGUUCUCAGAAAGCGGAUGGACAGUUGUUUGUUGUGACAGGGAAGAAAGAUAUGAGGAAUUAUUGGAGUGCUCUCAAAAUAAGAAGUACACUAUACUGAAAAAUGGGCACCAUGUGUCCAGAAUUAGUGACUACAUCAUAUACAGUGUUGAGGCUGAAAUAAUUGAUAAAAUCAUUGGACUGUACAGCCCAUCCACCAAGGUUGGGAGUGUGGUAGGCGGGCAAACCAGUUGCAAAAGCCCAGAAAUUAAAGCUCUUGAGAAGCAUUUGCCACCAGAUGCUGACAUUGUAUCAGUACACUCUCUGCAUGGGCCAGGAGUCGAUCCAGAGGGGCAACCCUUGGUCCUUAUAAAACAUAGGUGCCACAAUGACAAGUCCUUCCCAUUUGUAGAAGCAGUGAUGUCGUCCCUCAAAAGCAAGCAUGUAUACCUAACGUACGAAGAGCACGAUAAAAUUACCGCAGAUACUCAAGCAGUAACUCAUGCAGCAUUUCUGAGCAUGGGGGUUGCGUGGUACAAAAUACAAUUAUAUCCCUGGACUAUUGGAGUCAAUAGAUGGUUUGGUGGAUUUGAGAACGUCAAAGUAAACAUCUCUCUCCGCAUCUAUUCUAAUAAAUGGCACGUCUAUGCGGGAUUGGCUAUCACAAAUCCAGCGGCUCAUCAGCAAAUAAUGCAGUAUGCUAAAAGUGCGACUGAGCUUUUUACACUUUUUGCUCAAAAUAAGAAGGAAGAGUUAACUCAGAGAUUGUAUGCGGCAAAAGAAUUUGUGUUCGGUAAGCAGGAGGGCUUGUUACUGUUAGAUGACUCAAUUCUUGAGAAAUAUUCUUUAAGUCAGCAUGUGCCGCAAGAAGGUGAAGAGACCCUUCCCAAUUCGCAUUUGUCUUUGUUAGCCAUUGUUGACAGCUGGCAUCAAUUGAAGAUAAACCCAUACGACCACAUAAUCUGUUCGACACCACUGUUCAGGAUUUUUCUGGGUGUUACAGAAUAUCUCUUCAUGACUCCAGAUCUGCUCGAUAAAACGAUAGAUGCUGCUAUUAACUGUGACGCUUUUAGGGCCGACGAUCUUGAGUUUGUGAUUGCAGCCAGGUCUUGGAGCUCCAUUGUGUCUUUUGAGAGUUAUGAUCUUUACAGGCGCCAAUUUGAAGAGGUUCAAGAAUUCUUCAAGCCCAUGCUUCCAGAGGCCAACGUUAUCGGUAACGAAAUGAUAAAAACCAUCUUGCGUCAUGUCGAUCAGAAGAAAGCAUAG